AAAUAUAGAUGGGAUAUCACACGUGACAUUGUCACGCCAUUAACAUCCGCUCUCACGUGCCCCCUCAGUUUGGAUUUUGCGCGAAAUCUCCAAACUUCACCUGCAUCUGAGAGAAAAGCCGAAAGCCCCAAUUUGACGCUUCAAUCGAAAUCAGAUCCCUAAAAACAAACCGAUCCGAUUUUUUUUAACUAGAAUUUUGGAAAAAUAACAACAUCGAAUUCCUUCUUUUUGUCUGGAAUUCUGAAAUUCUUGCGAAGAGAUGACGGAGGACGGUGGCGCUAGGGUUUCUUCCGAUGAUCCGACUGUAAGCAAUGAUGCUUCACAGACUAGACAAAGGAAGAAGAGAAAGUGGGAUCAACCUGCAGAGGCUUUUGUUUCAGCUGGAAUUGCUGUCCCGUUUAGCAACAUGGGAACUCUUGCUGGCAUGCCACUUCCUGGUGUAGCUCCAGUACCAGGCACCUUUCUCUCAAAUAUACUUGCCGCUAGUGGUGCAGCUGUUACACCGGUCUUUCAACAGCAUGCUGCUCCAGUGGCAUCUCAACAAAAUCAAACUAAAAUCCAGGAUGAAUUAGUGAUUGCUAGAGAAAUUGUAAUAAAUGAUGCGGAAUCUUCUAUUCGCUACAAGCUCACGAAGCGCCAGACACAGGAAGAGAUACAAAGGUGCACUGGUGCUGUGGUGAUAACUAGGGGCAAGUAUCACCCACCAAAUGCUCCAGCUGAUGGCGAAAAGCCUCUUUAUCUUCAUAUAUCUGCUGCUGCUCAUUUAAAAGAGACAGCAGAGCGAAUUUUAGCUGUAGAUCGUGCAGCUGCCAUGGUGGAAGAACUGUUAAAACAUGGGCAGAGCUCACAGGCAGGUUCUUCCCCUUUUGUGGAAGCUGUGAUGAAUGGUGUGAAGGCAUUUAGCACAUGUGUAUAUUUGGGCUUCGAUGCAGAUCCAUCACUGAAUGUUGCUGCUCGUAUUCGUGGACCCAAUGACCAGUAUAUAAAUCACAUUAUGAAUGAAACAGGAGCAACUGUCAUGCUACGUGGAUGUGGUUCCGGAAACCUUGAGAGCCAUCAGGGUGAAGAAGCACAACAACCACUGCACUUAUUCUUGUCAAGUAACAAUCCUAAAAGUCUUGAUGAUGCCAAGCGUUUGGCAGAGAAUCUUCUGGACACUAUCAGCGUAGAGUUCGGUGCAUCCAGGAUUUCAUCAAGUAAGGUUUAUGGUGCAGUUCCACCUCCACAGCAGUUGUUGACUGGAGUUGAAUGUUCCGCAACAGGACGCAAUCUGAAUGCUAGUUCAGCUGCUGGUUUGGCAUCAAUGCCAGUUGCUACUCCAGCUCCACCUGUUGCAGUCCCUGUGGUUACUACUGGCUAUUCUCAAGCGAUGGCUGUGGGGAUGCCUAAUUCUGGGCCAACCCAGGCAAAUUCAGUUGGUUAUCCACAGCCUUUGGUGAGCAGAGGGACAAGCUAUAUUGGAUAUGGCGGGAUAUACCCCCAAGCAACACCAUUGCAACAGGUAGCAUUAGCUCUUAAACAAUCAUCUCCAAUCUCCUCUACUGUUGUACCUGCAACGUCUGUAGCAAGUGCAGUUGUUCCUACAACAUCAGCUACGAGUACAGUAACCAAAUCAAGUGUUAGCUCUACUUUACAUUCUGAGAAAGAGCGACGGCCUCCACAAAGGCGGAAGUUCCAGGAGUUACCAGCUGGUUCAAAGGGAUCGGCAAGACUCAACCAGGGUUUUCAGUUUCAGAGGAGCAAUUUGAUGAGUUUUUUUCUGCUUCAAAACCAUGAUCAAGGACCGUUCAAGAUUUUUUACUCUUUGAUGGGUUUAUAUAGCCUUCUAUCAUGAACUUCGCAUUUCUAGUGUCCUGUCUUACAUGGCUAGCGUUAUAGAAUAUGCAGCUGAAGUUUCAUUUAAAGGCUCUUUGGUGUCAAUACGGUGUGCAUAUUUUUGUUAAGGAUAACUUAGAAGCUGAAAUAACUACUGAAAAUGCAUGAAUAGAUUUAUUAAGUGCAUAAGCUGACCAUAAAUUUUGUGGCACUGCAACUGUUAUUUGUUAAAAGUGACACUAUAUGACAUCUGGCAUUUUUUUUAAAUUUUUGCAUCUUGCCACAAGCUACCGUAGUUUUUGAAUAAGAAAAUUUCAAGGCUUGUUGGCUAAUAGGAUUCUAGCAUCUGUUCGCUGAAGACAUCAAGGGUCACAUUAACUAACUAAAUAAUGGCCUUUCACUAAUUCCAUGUCGUUUUGUCUUCUGACACAGGACCUUUUUAAAGAUUCUGUUGUACCCUUGAGAUCUUAACAUUAUUCUUUUUCCAGAUGUUUCUCAUUAACUAUUAUAUUACUUCUAUUAAGAAAUUAGGCUUGGAUUGUUUCUGUGUAAUUCUUUUCAGGAAUCUGAAUCUUUAAAUCCAAACAAGCCAUUGGGAGAUGUAGGUGUGAAAAAUGUAUCAAAUAUGCCUGCUCCAAAGAAGCUGAUUCAUCCUUCAUCUAAUGGAAUGCCACCACCACCACCAAAAUCCUUGCCGCCUCCACCU